AGCUGCGUUCCGUAGGGAACGGCGCUCGCGCCGACCAGGGGUUUCAGUUUCUGGCGCGAACUUCCGCCGUUCUGAAGUUGCCUGGCAAAUUGGCGCGAUGUCGGGGGACAGUAGCGGCCGCGGGCCGGAGGGCCGGGGUCGGGGUCGCGACCCGCACCGGGAUCGCACCCGCUCUCGCUCUCGCUCGCGUUCCCCGCUGUCCAGCCGCGGCGCCGCGCCGGAGCGCCCGAGCUUCGAUGACGACGAGCCGUCGGAUUCUGGGGACGAGAUGGUGGACCCGGCCACCCUGGAGGCCGAGACCGACUACGGCCUGUGCCGCCAGAUUCGCCACCAGUACCGGGCGCUCAUCAACUCGGUCCAACAAAACCGGGAGGAUAUACUUAACGCCAGCGACAAAUUAACAGAGGUCCUUGAAGAAGCCAACAACCUAUUUAAUGGAGUGUCCCGAGCAAGAGAAGCAGUCCUAGAUGCCCAGUUUCUUGUUCUGGCUUCAGAUUUGGGCAAAGAAAAAGCAAAGAAGCUACGCUCUGAUCUGAACUCAUUUGAUAUGUUAAGAUACGUUGAAACUCUACUGACUCAUAUGGGUGUAAAUCCGCUAGAAGCUGAAGAACUCAUCCGUGAUGAAGAUAGUUCUGAUUUUGAAUUCAUAGUCUAUGACUCCUGGAAAAUAUCAGGCAAAACAGCAGAAAACACCUUUAAUAAAACCCAUACAUUCCACUUUCUGUUGGGUUCAAUACAAGGAGAGUCACCUGUGCCAAAGCCACGAAUUGAUCGCCCCAAAAGAGUUCGGAUAAUACAAGAGGAGACAACAAUGCCUGCUCAGUUAAAAAGUAUGGGAGAAUGUCAUCAAGAAGCAACAGAAAAAGAAGUAGAAAGAAUCUUGGGAUUGUUGCAGACAUAUUUUCGAGAAGAUCCUGAUACUCCGAUAUCCUUUUUUGACUUUGUGGUGGAUCCACAGUCUUUCUCCCGUACGGUGGAAAACAUGUUUCAUGUAUCCUUCAUUAUACGGGAUGGCUUUGCACGAGUAAGACUUGACCGAGACCGAUUGCCGGUAAUAGAGCCUGCGAAUGAAGGAACUGAGGGAAUUGACCAUAACACCCAAGUUAGGAAUCAAUCAGUUAUAGCUUUGAGUUAUCGUGACUGGGAGGAGAUUGUGAAGACCUUUGAGAUUUCUGAGCCUUUGAUUCCUCCAGCGCAGAACAGACAGAGGCAAAGUACUUGAUGCCAGCUGAAGGACUCAAAUGGAUAGUGAAAUCCUAAAAGGAAAGCAGCAUGUAUUGUAUAUAUUGUAUGAUUGCACAUUUUUAAAGACAGGUUGUUUUUAGUAAAGUGUAGCUUUUGAUAGUUAAUAAAUUUGUGAUGGUUGUCUUUGAUUAAAAGAAAUUCACUCAUAUUUACAA